UCAUUCUUCAAAGAAAAAUAAGUAGCUUUGCAGAGAAGGAAAAAAAAAAGAAAACAAAACAAAAGGUGUGAAAGAAGUGAAAAUUAUCCGAAUUUAGAGAAGGAAGAGGUUUUGGGAGGCAAAAAGAUAUUUGCUUUCCAAUUCUGGCAAAAAAAAGCAAGCAAAAUACCAAUCCCACUCUCUCACUCUUCUUCUUCUCUUUCAGUAAUUCAGUUCAAGCUUCCGGCUUUGGCUUCUCUUCUCUUCUUUAGGGUUCUUCAAUCUUCACGAUUGUUCAAGUUUCAGAGAAUUGAAUCCUCGGUCUUUUGACGGGUUCGGGAGUUUAAGCACUCUCGCUCUGUACAAGCUUCCUGCGUAGAGCUUGAGAGUUGCUUGCAUGAGAUUGGUAUAGACAAAGAUGGAGAAUGCAGUGGGUGGGGAAGCCAACCCACCUAAUUCGACCGAGGGUGCACAGCUUCAGAGCAAGCAGAGCGAGCAUGCAUUGAGACAUGGAAAUGACCACAUGUUCGACUACCAAGAGAUGCGUACACCGGUUGGUGACGAAGAUCAUUCCCUGCGUAUACCAGUUGGAAGCAAUUGUCCUGAGAGCUCAAGUCAGGAGUACCCAUGUCUGGAUGAUAUUAUGGCUCAGAGGCCAAAUAGUGAUAAUCUGGUUGAAGUUGUGGCGGAAUUGACAAAUACUGUAGAUGGAGGCGUUUCAGGCAAUUCAUAUGGAGGUAUCCGGACAAAAAUGCUUUCCAAAUCAAGAUCAGAAUUUUAUGUUAAGUCUACAUUGAAGGGUAAGGGUGUUAUUUUCAAAGGUGAUGGCGGUCAUGUUGAAUCUAAGAACCUUAACAGUACAAAGGUUACUGGUGGUUCUAAGGCUACUUCUGAUUCAAUACAGAGUUUGGAUGCCAAAAUUGUUAUGCCUUCUUCCAAUGAUCUGAACGCUGUGCCCAAACCACCAGCCUUGGAACAUGAUGAGAUCAGCUUAAGAGAAUGGCUGAGAAUUGGACGUCCUAAAGUCAAUAAAGUUGAGUGUCUGUAUGUAUUCAAACAAAUUGCAAAUCUCGUGGAUCAUUUUCACUCUCAAGGAGUUGCUUUGCAAGAAUUGCGCCCUUCUUUUUUUAAGGUGUCACCUUCAAAUGAGGUCAAGUAUGUUGGCUUACCAAUCCCAAAAGAGAUUUUAGAAAGUUCUAUGGAUCAAGGUAUCUGUCAUUCAGAACAUAGUCCAAUGAGAAAAAUGUCAGGUGAGCAAGAAUUUGCUUCUGUUGGUUCCAGUGCAAAGAAGCAAAAGAUCAGCCAGAACACUAGAUUAGUUAGGCAAUGGCCUCAGUUCCCCACUAGUUCCCGUUUCCAACGUGAAACUAGGAAUGCUAGCCACAUCAACAUCAAUGGUCUGCAAAAUAGAAGUCCUCAUAUGUAUAAUGCAGCUCAACAACACUUGACUUCAAUCACUGAGCAAUUGGAAGACAAGUGGUAUAUUAGUCCUGAAGAACUCAAUGAAGGGAGCUGUACAGUUUUGUCAAAUAUCUACAGUCUGGGCGUUCUUUUUUUUGAGUUGCUGGUCCGUUUUGACUCAAAUAGUGCCAUUGUCUCAGCAAUGUUCAAUCUGCGUCAUAGAAUUCUUCCUCCGAAUUUUCUGUCAGAAUACGCUAAAGAGGCUGGAUUUUGUCUUUGGUUACUUCAUCCUGAACCGUCUUCACGUCCAACAACAAGGGAAAUUCUACAAUCAGAAGUAGUUAAUGGAUUACAGGAGAUGUGUGAAGAGAAAGUGGCAUCAUCUGUGGUCGAAGAGGAUGCUGAAUUGGAACUAUUAUCCCAUUUCCUCACGUCACUGAAAGAAAAGAAGCAGAAGGAUGCCUCCAAGUUGAUGGCAAGCAUUAGGGUUUUAGAAGCAGAUGCUGAAGAAGCUGAGAGGAGGCACUAUUCAAGAAAUCCCGACUGGUACAAAGAGUCCCUCGGUGGAUGGAAAAACGCAUGUAAAGAAGCUUCAAGAUCAGAGGUGCUUUCUCCAUUACCCCCUCUUCCUAGUUCAAAUGAGUCAAGGUUAACGAGGAAUAUUGAUCAGCUUGAGAGUGCUUACUUCUCUAUGAGAUCUAUGAUUCAGCCUCCUGAAGCUGAUUGUAAUAUACGCAUAGAUAAAGAGUUGUUAAAAUCUCGCAAGAAUUGGUAUUUGGAAUCAGAUGAUGACGAAAAGAAGACUCCUACCGAUCAAUUGGGAGCUAUCUUUGAUGGUUUAUGCAAGUAUGAUCGGUACAGUAACUUUGAAGUAUGUGGAGUACUAAGAAAUGGAGAUUUCAACAGUAACUCAAAUUUGAUUUGCUCUUUGAGUUUUGAUCGGGAUGAGGACUACAUUGCUUCUGCUGGGGUUUCAAAGAAAAUAAAGAUUUAUGAGUUCAAUGCACUUUUCAAUGAUUCUGUUGAUAUUCAUUAUCCAUCGAUCGAGAUGUCAAAUGAAUCAAAGAUUAGCUGUAUUUGCUGGAACAACUACAUAAAAAACUAUCUCACUUCAACUGAUUAUGAAGGUGUAGUGAAGUUGUGGGAUGUCAGCACUGGUCAAGAGUUUGCUCGAUACAGAGGGCAUGAACAAAAGGCUUGGUCCGUUGACUUCUCUCAAGUAGAUCCUACAAAAUUAGCCAGCGGGAGUGAUGAUGGUUCUGUGAAACUCUGGAGCAUUAAUGAGAAAAACUGUUUAGGCACCAUCAGAAACAGAAACAUUGCAAAUGUAUGCUGUGUACAGUUCUCUGCUCACUCCACUAAUUUGCUGGCCUUUGGGUCUGCGGACUACAACACAUAUUGCUACGAUCUUCGUAAUGCUAGAACGCCCUGGUGUGUAUUGGUUGGUCACCAAAAAAGCGUAAGCUAUGUCAAAUUCUUGGACUCUGAGACCCUUGUUUCUGCAUCCACUGACAACACAUUAAAGCUAUGGGAUCUCAACAAAACCAUUGCCAGUGGUCCAUCCACCAAUGCUUGCAGCUUAACCCUCAGUGGGCAUACCAAUGAGAAGAACUUUGUGGGCUUAUCCGUUUCUAAUGGUUAUAUAGCUUGCGGUUCAGAAACAAAUGAGGUCUAUGCUUAUUAUAGAUCUCUGCCUAUGCCGAUCACUUCAUACAAAUUUGGAUCCAUUGAUCCUAUAACCGGAAAGGAGACUGAUGAUAUUAAUGGAUCAUUUGUUUCAAGUGUCUGCUGGAGACAGAAAUCAAACAUGGUGGUUGCCGCCAAUUCAAGCGGGUGCAUAAAAGUGUUGCAGAUUGUUUAAGGAAAAGCAUUUCUGCCUUCAAGAUCAGAAGGACGACUGGCUGGUUGUGAAAAUUAUUGAAUCUUCAAGUCUUACUGUGGUGCCAGCACAAGAACUGACCAACUUUAAACUGCUUUCCUGUCCAAAUAAGCAAAGGAAGCUUGAGGACUGGUUUGUAACAUUUGACUUUAAGAUUUUAAAAUGAUAGCAGUCAGUCCAUGCCGGUUACUAUGGAAAUCAAAAUUUUGGAACAACAGUGUCGAUCAUCUAGUGACUGAAUCUGUAUAUUGUGGUGCAAGUUUAUGGUUCAUCCCAAGCAUUUAUUCCUCCAAAAAAAAAAAUCAGUUGUACUAAUGUACCAUGCAG